AUGGAGACGAUGCUCUCCCACCACAACACGCAGCCGCCGCAACACCUAUCUUUUCCACAAUUCCGCCAGCUGCCUCCCGAACUACGACUCCGGGUCUGGUCCCUCGUCGCCAUUCCAUCACGGGUUCUGCGUCUAGACGCACGGGAUGGGAAGAAGACGAAGUCACACAAGUCAGGAUCUCCGCCGCCGCUGUUACGACCGCCCGCCAUCGCCGGAGCGUGUCGUGAGUCGCGGGCCGUGGCGACGAAGCAUGGCGCGCUGGCGAGGCUCACGUACGAGGGGGGCGAGAUGGGCAAGGGGGGGAGGACGCGGUGUUAUUGGUUUGAUGGGGAUCGCGAUGUGCUGGAGUUGGAUAGCUGGGUUGACGUCGAGGGUGACCAGCCGCGGGGCAUUAGAGGACUUGUACAGAGGGCGAGGCAUGUUCUCGUGGGUCGUGCUGAGGCGGAGUGGUAUGCCCGCCUGUUCGAGCGCGCGGCGCUGGUGAAGCGCGUGAGUUUGAAGUUUGAUGUGUUGGGUGUACGGUGUAGCACGCAUGGCCGGGACGCCGUGAGACGUAUGUUUGGCGGAGGCGGGGCUGAGACUACGAUCGUUGUCACGGACUUGGAGGACGCGGAUGAGAUUGCGCGUGUGAAAAGCGAGUUGGGCUCUGGAUGGCGGAACCCGGUGUUUUUGGAGUUUGAUCUGGAGCUUUGGGCGAGGAGCGGGACGGAGAGGGUCGGACGGGCUGUGAGGGAUGAGAAGUGGAUGAGGAGGUUGAAUGGGACUUGGGCGAGCGAGGUUGCGAGGGGGUGGGUUAUGGCUCGGGCUGGGGCGUCUAUACUAGCCAAUGACGGCGGUAGAGGGGAUGGGGGUGAUCAAGAGGAAGAUGGAGUGAGAGUUACGAGUGACAAGGGAGCCUCAGAGAUGAAGUUACGGAUUGCGAAGGCGACGGCGUUAGAUGUCGAGGAUGAGUAUGUAAGGCAGGCGCUUUUGGGUAUGCCCGAGGUCAGGUUUGUGAGAGCAUAUUGUCUUGAUGAAGACUACAAUGCCUGUUGUUCAUAG